CCGCCUUUCUUGAUUUGCUGCCUCCCUUGCGGCCCCUGACCCGGACGCUCUCUGUGCCAACAUGGCGGCGCCCAGCAAGAAGACAGAUCCGGCCUGGAGUCCGCGGCUGACUGCGUGAGUAGGUGAUUGACAAGCGGAGGCAUGAGCUGGGUCCAGGCCACCCUACUGGCCCAAGGCCUCUGUAAGGCCUGGGGAGGCAUCUGCAGGGCCACCCUCACAGGAACCUCCAUCUCUCAGGUCGCCCGCCAGCUCCCUCGGGGCCUCCACUGCAGCGCAGCCACCCACAGCUCUGAAACGUCGCUGGUUCCCACCCCAACGGAACCCCAGCAGAGCCGCACCAAGGCCUUGGUGCCCUAUGAAAACAUGUUUGGGCAGGCGCCCAAUGGGAAACGGGACAAGGCGAGCUUCCUGCAGGCGGUGCAGAAAUUUGGGGAGCACAGCGUGCGUAAGCGGGGCCACGUUGACUUUAUCUACCUGGCCCUGCGCAAGAUGCGUGAGUAUGGCGUCGAGCGGGACCUGGCCGUGUACAACCAGCUGCUCGACAUCUUCCCCAAGGAGGUCUUCCGGCCUCGCAACUUCAUCCAGCAGAUCUUCAUCCACUACCCUCGGCAGCAGGAGUGUGGGGUGGCCGUCCUGGAGCAGAUGGAGAACAACGGGGUGAUGCCCAACAAGGAGACAGAGUUCCUGUUGAUUCAGAUAUUUGGACGCAAAAGCCACCCCAUGCUCAAGUUCCUGCGCCUGAAGCGGUGGUUCCCUCGAUUCAUGAACAUCAACCCCUUCCCUGUGCCCCGGGACCUGUCACAGGACCCUGUGGAACUGGCCACAUUUGCCCUGCGGCGCAUAGAGCCUGACCUCAGCGCCAGGGUCACCAUAUACCAGACUCCUUCUUCCAAAGACUCAACAGAUGCAGCAGAUCCCACCCAGCCCCACAUCGUGGGAAUCCAGAGUCCCGAUCAGCAGGCUGCCCUGGCUCGCCACAACCCAACCCGGCCUAUCUUUGUUGAGGGUCCCUUCUCCCUGUGGCUCCGCAACAAGUGUGUGUACUACCACAUCCUCAGAGCUGACUUGCUGCCCCCGGAGGAGAGGGAAGUGGAAGAGAUACCGGAGGAGUGGAACCUCUACUACCCAAUGUGGCUGGACCUAGAUUACGCAAGGCAUGGCUGGGACGACUACGAGUUUGACAUCGAUGAAGUGGAGGAAGGCCCUGUCUUUGCCAUGUGCAUAGCGGGUGCCCACGACCAGGCAACGCUGGCCAGGUGGAUCCAGUACCUGCAGGAGACCAACCCAGCCCUGGCUCAGAUCCCCGUGGUCUUCCGCCUGGCUGGGCCCACCGGGGAGCUCCAGACAUCUGCAGGGCUAGAGGAGCCACCGCCGCCCGAGGACCACGAGGAAGAAGACAGCAACCUGCAGCGACAGCGGGAGGGCCAGAGCUGAGUCUGAGCUUCCACGAAGGCACAGUCUGUGGCCUGAGGAGAUGGUGGACUGGAAUGAAGGCACGAGAUGCCCUUUGAGUGUAGAGCAAAUAAAUGUUUUGCUGCAUGGGG